GCAUGCGCAGUUAGUGAGACAGGCCUCAGGCUGGUGAGGGGAAGCUGCGGUAAGAGUACGGCGCGUGCGCAGACGGGACCGCGUUUGCGAUCCAGGUUCUUCGGCGAAUCCGGGUCCCCCAAAAGGUUGGGGACGAGAGGCCAGUCUUGAGGCCAGAUGCGGAAACGUAGCCAGAGUUGCACAGUGAGUUGAUUAUGGAGUCGAGACACUGACGCAGGUCACACUGACUACGAAGCAGGAUGGCCUUUCAGGGACAAAAAAGUGACAAGGAGAGAGUCAAGAAAAGAAGGUGAGGAAAACGAGCUGACGCUUUUUAAGGAGCUGGAGGAGUAACAAAUCUGGAGAUAUUCUGAAAGGUCCUGAGCAGCCAUGAGCACCUCGGGUCUGUUUCGUUUUCCUGCCCGGCUGGCCAGGGUGUGCAUGGUGCCGUGGGGGCUCCGGUUCCCCGAGAAGCCAGCGCUGCUCUCCCUGGGAACGGUGGUCACUCCGGUCCAGGUGGCAGGCAAGAAGGACCACCCUGCUUUGCUCUCCCUGGAUGAGCGUGAACUCGAAGAGCAGUUCGUAAAAGGACAUGGUCCAGGGGGCCAGGCAACCAACAAAACGAGCAACUGCGUGGUGCUGAGGCACGUCCCCUCGGGCAUCGUCGUCAAGUGCCACCAGACGAGAUCCGUCGAUCAGAACAGAAAGCUAGCGCGGAGAAUCCUGCAGGAGAAAGUGGAUGUUUUCUACAACGGCGAAAACAGUCCUGUCUGCAAAGAAAGACGAGAGGCAGAGAAGAGAAAGCAAGAAAGGAAAAAAAGAGCAAAGGAAACGCUAGAGAAAAAGAAACUCCUGAGAGAACAGUGGGAAUCAAGUAGAACUGCUCCUGGAGAAAGGACUGCAGAUUCCGACUGAAAGAACCUGCCGGGCGCUUCCAGGAACGGGGCGGCGAGCUCUCCGCCAGCGCCGCGCCGGGUCUGCGAGGGGAGUGCGUGCCGGGGACAGCCGAGGUCUCACACGGCAAGCGGACUGUGCAGAACAGAGACACGAGGAUGUCAUUUCUGCAGGACAGGGGCCCUUCUGGGGAGGGAGGGUUGUCACUGUGCUGUGGGGCUGGGAGGGGCUUCUGGGCAGCUGACGGAGUUCUGCUUCUUGACCUGGGCCGGAGUUAGAAGCCUGUCACCUUCUAAGCUAUACAUCUGUGUGAUUGUAUCUUACUGUAUCAAAUACUAGAAAUGAAAAAUUUUUUUGAAAAAAAGCAUGAAUACUAAUAAGGAAUUUUUUUAUGGAAAACUGUAGAACUGAGUCAAACGUGAAUGGCAUUUAGUGCUCCCCUGUCAUCUGCUGGGAGGUCACUGGUCAGUGACACGGAGAUGUCAGUUAGCCUAACUAGUCAGGUUAAGAGAAUAAGAGCAAGCAAGGUGGAGAAGGAUUCCACAUGUUAGUAAGUCACUUGCCCAUUUACCCCAUUAGCUCAAUGGACUGUGUGCUGACAGGUAUCCGCUCUGAUGUGGACAUACACACGUCAUUCCCUGUAUGUUGAUUCAUAAGAGGUGUUUCACAAACCUGGUUGUGAAUCUGCUUGACACCAUCACUCAAGCUGGAUUCGACCUUACAGACUGCUGGGGGAGGGGGCCAGGCAAGGUUAGUAGCUUGAUUUGUCAGAACACAUCUGGAGUCUACGCAUAAUGCUAGUAGGGAAAUGAACCAGGAGGUGAGCAGGCCACUGUCAGACAGCGGGUCUGCCUCGUUUCUUCAUGAAGACCGGAGCACAUGCGUCCAAGUGAGCUUGCCGCUCCCGGAAGCCAGUUAAGGCUCUUCUCACCUUGGAGCGGUCUGGUUUGGAAGCUCAGCUCUUCACAAGGCUCUCCGGACCUCUGGUCGCAGUGUGCAGGGCCGUUCCCAGUCCCAGCCUCCUUUUAGCAAGCAGCCAACCGAAGUAUCUGGAGUGGUACACAAAGACCAUAACAGCAGGGGGGAAUUCGGGGAGCUUCAGACUGGAGGGACAGAGGCUUCGACUUCUGUUUCCUUUCUGAGCCUUCUGGAACGUCUUGUCAUGUACAUGAAGGAGAUGCAGACAGGCCGACUCCCCGGUAUCCAUUCCUCACCUCCAGCGCUGUCACAGCUGGGACCCAGCCUCAGGCCUGUGAAAGUGACCACAUCCCUCAUUUCGGUAAAUCCUCAUUACGUGGGGACCAGUGCCUACGGAAUAUAGUAAAGAUGACCACAGAGUCCCUUUGGAAGGCACUGUCGGGCCACCACAUGGGUUCUCAACACAUAUGAGGCGGCCCAGCUGACCCAGCACAGGGCAGGUAGCUCUUCCAGUGAGCACAGGAUGAAGUAGCUAGCUCGAGUUUAGUAGCUAGCUGCGCUAUACCAAAAAAAAAAAAAAAAAAGGAAA